CAUCAUGUAAAUUAAACUCAGAUACAUUAGCUCGUCUGUAGAUAUUUUCUCUUCCUUUCAAAACCAUCGCAACGAUGAUGAUUACUGUAUUUUACGCAGGACUUUACGCUUACUAGGAGGCGUACGUUUGAACUCAGUGCAGAAGUUCAACACUAAGUGAAGCGAGAUCGAUGGUGUUUAUGGCCACAACAAUCUCCAACAUCAUGAUCCCCUGAAUCAAAUCAAUCUAAUGUAGUUUCAUGCUGUGAGCUUUCUAGGGAUUGAAUGUGUUGUGAAUAGAAGAUCUGUGAUCUUUGCUGCAUCGUCCUUAUUUGACACCGAUCUGUAAUUACAGUUAAUGCAUCCUCCGCCUGCUUAUUUUCAUGUUGGGUCUUGAAGGACCUGCAGGAUCCAAAUUCAAGCCUCCAGCUCGGAGCACGAUGAAAGUCAUAGACAGAAAAAAAAAACGCUUGAAACAGGUCACGGCUCUCCCGCUGAGGUUUAGUAAAGCUCUGGUUCACAGCCAGUUUGUUUUGCUGGGAGUCGUGGAAAACAUUCAGCUCCAUAAUCAGAAAAUCCUGUUGUAGUUUCUGAUCAGUUCAGUCACACGGAGAGAGAUAGAGAGAGAGAGAGAGAAGAAGGUUAGUGUGUUGCUGAUCUGACACCUGGACCUGCAGACUGUUACAGCUGGCAGACGUUCAUCUUUUCAAAACUCUCCCACCGUUCACACAAUCCAUCCUCAUCGUCAUCCCUAAACCUGCCAAGACACAAAUACUGUAGCCAUACACACACACACACACACACACACACAUAGACACACUCAAGAACACACGGACUGAACCGUUUUCCAAAAGCCAUGUCUUUAUCUUUCCAUCUUAAUUCACUUGAAUCAAUCCAUCUCUCAGUUUCAGCCAAGUCUAGACACAAACCUGAUAACACACACCACACAGGGCUGUCACGGCACCAGAUUUUCUAAAACUAGGACACAUUACCAGUAAAAUGUCAAACGACAUUAUUGCCUAUUCCGUUACCAUAGCAACAAAAAUAAAAAAAAGUCCUUAGCACCCAAUGAAACCCAAAAAAUAAAAGACUUCCCAACUCACAAACUGGGAGCAUCAGAGGAGCACAUGAAUGCAGCAGAACACUGCGUUAGGAAAAAAAUGUUUUUCACUGAUUGGUCACAGGAAAGUAAAACAUAAUUUAUGCCACAAUAUUUUGGUUAGUUUGGACGUUAUGAGCCUGUGGUUCUACAAAACGAUGACACAACGUAAAUUACAACUAACUAGUUUCAACGUAGUGUUUAGUGUGACCUUUAUGACCACAGCUUAAGACACAGCUUGCACAGAGACGCUGCAACAGGCCACAGGACUUUUAGGAUUAAUCAAGAGGUCAGGUUGUUUCUGGAACAGCUGUAGAUCGUUCCUCUUCAUACUUAUCUAAAUGAAACAUUGUAAGUCUGUUGAUCUGUCCAUCCUACGCUGCACAAACUACGUGUGGCACACCUCAGGGAUUAAUUCUGGGUCCCUUUACUCUUUGUUUACUUCCAUUAGGUCAUAUCAUCAUAACAUUUUGGUUUCACUGUUUUGCUGACGAUACACAGUUCUCUCAUCAAAACCAUAUGAAUGCAAUGAGCUGGCCGCACUACAAAGCUGAUGUAAGAGAUUGAUGGUCCCAAAAUUUCCCUCAGUACAACUCAAUCAAGGACAAAGACGCUUAUCAUCGGCCCCGAGGCACCUCUGAAAUUCGUUUAGUGUAGGACCUCCCUGAUGCUCUUGUUUCUGAAUUAGACCAAAUCUCCGCCGGUGGAAACAACUUGAACAGGACAAGUGGAGGCUGUUACAUUAAUGACACGGUGUUGGAUUCAUGUGGAUGUAAUCUUCUGGUUUCUUCAUUUAGCUCCUGACCCACCGUGCUGUGACCUGAUGAUAUAAAACCCCUCUAAUGUGUGUGUGUGUGUCUCCUCAGUGAUCUCCUGGAGGAUUUGGAGCGGAGUCCUCACGCUGCAGCCAUCGCAGACUGCUUUGUGGAAAGGAGUGAAGCCUUCGACAUCUACACGCUCUACUGCAUGAACUACCCCAAUUCGGUGGCCGUGCUGAGGGAAUGCAUGAAAAACAAGACGCUGGUUAGUUUCUUCCAGGAGAGGCAGGCGACUCUGAACCACUCGUUACCUCUGGAGACCUACCUGCUCAAACCGGUGCAGAGGAUCCUCAAGUACCACCUUCUUCUUCAGGAACUUUUGAAGCACUUUGACAAGAGCGACCCUGGAUAUGAGGUCGUGGAGGACGCCAUCAUCACCAUGACAGCGGUGGCGUGGUACAUCAACGACAUGAAGAGGAAGCAGGAACAUGCAGUGCGCCUACAGGAGAUCGAGUCCCUGCUGAUGAACUGGAGCGGGCCGGACCUCAGCGGGUUUGGAGAGCUGGUUCUGGAAGGUUCCUUUAAAGUCCAAAGAGUGAAGAAGGAGAGGGCGUUCUUCCUGUUCGAUAAGAUGCUGCUGAUCGCCAAGAAGAGGCUGGAGCAGUUCAUCUACAGCACGCACAUAUUCUGUUGUAAUCUGCUGCUGGUGGAGACUCUGAAGGAUCCUCUGUGUUUCAAAGUGUCCGAUCAGACCAUCCCCAAACAGCAGCACGUCGUCCAGACUAAGAACCAGGAGGAGAAGAGACUGUGGGUUCACUACCUCAAGAGACUGAUCGUGGAAAACCAUCCUGCUUCUCUCCCACAGAAGGCGAGGCAAGUCCUGGGAGACAACUUCUGUCAGUCGCCUCAGUUCGACCAGGACCACCUGAAGAAGUCGUCCGCAUCGUCGAGAUUUGAAGACAUCCACGGAUACCACAGAGGCCGGCGUCAGUCAGGUCAGGAGCCUCCAGAGCUGCUCAUGUACACACCGGAGAAGUCGAGGAAGAGUCUCCCUCUGCUGCUGGAGGGGAACCUGCCGUACAGACGCACCAGGAGACAGUCCGCUCCGGCUAAAGAUAUCGAAGCAGUGUUUCAUCCCAAGGCUCUGAAGCAGGCAGGAAGCGAGGGCGAGCUGUGUCCGACAGAGAGUCUGGGCUCGGCAGGCAGCAGCAGCACGCUUGCGUCCUCCGUGAUCGAGGUGGAAGCUGAGAGGGCCGAAGCGGGACUGAUUAACAAGCAGCGUCCAAACCCAGAGGACGAGGAGGAAGAGGAAGAAGAGGACUUGAUCCCCUUCAGCCCUCCUCCCACGCUUUCCAUCACCGAAGAGAUCCUGGAGUUCAUCAACCAGAGCCGAGCCAGAGAAGGACUCACUGCCUUUCACACCAACACAACGGAGCUGGAUCUACCCAAAGACAGUCAGCCCUCAUCUAACCAGACAAACUUCACCUGCCCACUUCCCCCUGUUGCCUUCCCUUCCAGCCCUGAUCAAAGAGCAACAACUGAACAAGAGCAGGACAGAGCAGACAUGGAGAAGGACAUCCCCCUUCAAAGUCAGACUGGUCGCUCUGGAGAGGAACAUGAACUUGACAUUGAGAAAACUAUUGAUGAAGUCGUAGAAGCUUCAGAAGAAACAAGUCCAGUUGAGAAAGGAUUGGAGGGAGAUGGAGAGACACGAGGAGAAGUUGCAGAAAAGGCCAAAGAAGAGGUGAUAACAAGGGAUGAAAGUGAGGAAGAGUGCACCAUCAUUGCCCCAAUACAAGAUCUUCAUGCCUCAAUCUUGACAGAAGAACCACCUCCGUUACCAAAGGAAGAGGAAAACAAUGAUGCUACCUCUUCCUCCCAAAAUCCUGAUGUCCUUCAUCACCCUCUCCAGAGGCGCAAUCCACCCACAAGAGGCUCCCACCUCACAAAACGAGACAAAAAGAUCAUAGAAAAGAUUAGGAGUUACUAUGAGGCAGCAGCUGAGGCCGAGGAGGAUUUGGAAGAAGAGGAAGACGAACAGGGAGAAGGAGUUGAUUCAAGAAGGAGAAACAGUUUCUCACAAAUUCCAUCUGGGUUGGUGAAGGAGUCAGUGUCACGGUUUGAUGUGACUGAACACCAGGGGGAGCCAGAAGCUGGACCAUCGAUUGCUUUAGAAACAAUUGAAGUUAUCAAUGUAGAGAGUGAUCGAGAGACAGAGCCCUGUUCCCCCAUUGGUCCCAUGUCCCCCGCUUCUGCACUAGUGGCUGAUACAGACAAUGAUGAACAGCCAACUAACUCAAUCAGCAGCCAGGAUUUUAAUGCAGAAGGCCCAAUCCAGUCUGCAACGCUCUCUGUCAUGCAGGACAGGGAGGCCCCAGACCAAGUGUGUUUGAAUCAGCAGUCAAACCCCAAAAGGCAUGAUAGAGAAGCGGCUGAGAAACAAGAUAAAAAUGAAAAGUCCUGCAAAGUAACUUUGGAGGAAGCACCUGAGGAGAGGCACGAGGAGUGGGAGACAUGUGUUGAAGCCACUGGGGAGCAAGGUGGAAAUUCACUGCAAGGAGUGGGACCAUCUAUUAACAAACAGUACAGGUCCAGAGAUGAAACAACCAAAACAAGUGCUGGACACCAAUCUGUAAUGAAUGGGCAUGAACCUAAGCAAGCAGGUCAAAUAGAAGCAAAUGGAGGCCAUAACGAUCCCUCAAAACCCCUGACCAAAACUCAGUCAUCUUGGACUAGAACCAAACAAGAAGAACUUACCAAGAAUUGUGGGAAUCUUGAGGGUAUUCCCAGUCAGAUAAAAGUGGGUCGGUGGUCACGCCACUCCAGGAUUGUCACAGCAAACAGAGCCUUGUUUGAGGGCAGGGCAUCUGACAUAGCAGGUAUUGGGUUAUUCGAGGCCAGCCCUGUCGUUGAUCAUGUGCUGAUGGAGAACUCAGAGCGAAUUCUAAGCAAAGUCCAAACCCUGGCCAAGAUGUACAGUGUCAAAGCCAACACCAUGAAGGUCCCACUGCAUCAGAAACGGGCCAUUGCAGUACGGAAUCAGUUAUCAGUCUCAAGUAGACUGUCUGGACUUUCGUCUCAAACUAAAACUAAAUGCCAGACUCAGGAUGUAUCUCAAACCCAAGUACAGAACCCCACAGGGUACUGGCAACAAGCAAAAUACCAAAUGGAAAUCAGAGAAAUGGAUACCCACACAGACAUGAAAUAUAGGACCCAAAGUCACUCAGAAGCCAAAGCUCAAAGCAAAAGCAUAACGCAACCUAUUUACACAAAAAGCCAGAGUCAGGCACUGACACAUUGCCAAAACCAGAGCACGACUUACAGCAGGUGCCAGAAACCAACCAUUAACCAGGCGGACCAAGUGAUUCAAGAGAAGAAGAUGAUAAAGAGAGCACAGAGCCUGACCACUGAUUCCCAGGAGAAAGGGGUGGCCCCCUGUGAGCCUCUGCUUUUUGGUCAUGUGUUUGUCAAAGAGCAGUUGACCCCAACCCUUCCUCAACAGACAAGUGGAAUAAUCCUAUCCAGGCCAAGGGACUUCAUCUCUGCCUUGACCAAGGAAAGAGACUCCAUUGUGGGCUGUAUAUCAGAUGACAUUUGCCAGUAUUCCACCACUCCUGGGGAAAAUGCAUCUACCCUACUAAGGGAUCAGUCAUCUAUUCAGACCCAGAAUAACAGCUACAACUCAGGAAGCUGUUCAGCUGAAAGGUCAUCUACAGCAUCCAGAUACCCCCACAAAACCCAACCUGAAGAUCAGAGCUUCAGUUUGUGCUGCUCCGCCAAUAAUAGCCCCUUGAAGACCCCGGAUUGUAGAGCCACCAACUGUUCAACUUCUUCCACAGGGAGAGGCGAAGUCCUGAAACCAAAUGGGGAGAUUGAACGGACAGACAAAAGAGAGGGGUCGGAGCUGAAUGAUGGAUGGCCUAUUAACUCGAUCAUAGAUGGCUCAACAUCUGUAAACAUCAUUUGCAAUCCUGUGCAGUCUGGGCCAAGUCUUUCUGAUCACUACAUAUCACAGUUGGGUUUUUCCAAAGAAGAAAAGAAGCAGGACAAAAACAAGUCUAAUAUGCCAGCUGCAGAUGUACUGGAAUACAAAUUUUCCAUGGAACAUAGUGAUGGCAAAGACAUAUUAAACAAAAGUGUGCAGAGUUUUCAUACAGGGCCUGAAUACUUGGUUUGUCCAAGAACUGAGGAUGAGGAAGAGUACCCAGGACAACUGGUGGCAGUGGUGGCCUCUACACAGAACCAGGUUCUAACAGACCAAGGUGUUGUCUGUGGGAAGGCUUGGACGGAAACAGUAAACCUAUUGGAGGAUUGUGCCACAACCCUGGGGCCUUCUGGAGGGCCAAAGAAAGAUCAGAACCUAACUACACAAACAGAAUUAAAUGAGAAAAUUUGUUAUUUGAAUGAUUAUUCAUCACAAACCAGGAUGACUCCACAAGGUUCAACAAUAACCUUUACAGAGCAGCCACAUCAUCACAUAUACUCAGGAGAAGUUGCUGUUCCACCCCCUCUGUGUCAGCCAUUGCACAAGACUUCUGAACCUUCACACAUAUUCAGCCAUACAUUGAGAGAAACUGCAGAGGACCACACAGCAAAAGGAAGGGAGGCACCCAAUCUGUGGUCUUUGACUCACAAUCCAGUAUCACCACCUCCAUGUGUGCAGUCCUUUGAUUCCCUUCCGACAUUCACCAGCCAAAGGCCACCAGCCCAGUCCACUACACUGGGUGAUCAGGCUGUGUCUAUAACCAGGAAUGUCAAAAACCCAUCUCCAUAUGAACAUAGUUUCAGGGAACCGGACCAACAGAGCUCAAGAAACCCCUGCUGCCUGCCCACUUCCAGUGUCCCCUCAGACAGCCACUCAUCUUUCAGACCGUCCUUGGAAAUCUCCAGCCAGGAGGAGAGACCAUACUCAGGCAUUUCCACUCAUGGACAGGACCAAAAUCCCACUACAACACCCUCAGCCUUUCUACCCAGACAUCACUCCCCUUCCCCUGUUAAAGCUCUUCCAACCUCUACUGUGUCCUCUGUAGGAGCAACUCCUUGCUCUUCACCAUUUAGGGUGAUCCCUGCAUCUUCACCCAUCCCUCUGUCUCAUGAUGAUACCUCCCUGAACACUUUCUCCAGGGCUCCUCCCUGUUUCUCUCCAACUCUCCCAUCUGGUAUAGGCUCCUCAAUUCAAGAUCCUACUUCCUCCUCUCCUGCGCCAUCUUCUGCUUUUACUCCCUCAUCUUCAACCUCCUCUUCUUGGAGAUCGUCAUCCAUAAGAGCAGGUCCUCCGCCCUCCCCUUCUUCUCUCCGCUCUCCUGCAUGCUCCUCUCCCGUCAGUUCUUCUGCAUUCACCCGAUCCUUAGCAGCAUCCUGCAUUAGCCAGUCCAUAAGUCAGAGUUUGGCAAGAAAGAACACUGCCAUGCAACAAGCCCCGCAAAUAAACAGAGUCAACCAAAGCCCCUCCUCUCACCUACGACAACGGUCUCCUUCACCUAAACCCCCUCCCAGUCAGCAGAGCUCUAAAGAUGGUUACCACCAUCUAAGGAGUCCACCAUCCUCUCCCUGGUCCACUUGCCCUUCUCCAUCUCCCAUGCAGUCACCUCCUCCCCCUCUUUCCCAACACUCGCCUUCCCAGUUUAUGAUGCCAGCCCAUCAGCAGCCUCCCUGUCCUUCUUCCCCUUCCCCUCGUCCCUCAUUCCUUCAUGCCAAAAUUGACUCAUCAAAGAACGCAAACAACAACAACAAUAACAAUGGGGGUUGGACUGCAAGUUCACAGAAGGUACCACUUGCUAACGGUAGCACUAAUGCCAAAGUAAUGCAACAAACCCAUGAUCCUCUCAGCUCAGCAUCCCAUAAUCGCGUGGCUCGGCCUUUUUCUGCAUCUGAGCCCAGCUCCAGAGUUCAGUCCCCAUCACCAACCCCAGCCAAUUCAUCAUUUACUCGCCUCUGCUCCCCACCUCCACAGCAUAAUUACUCCUCCCCCAUUGCACACAAACCUCCCCGGAGCACACGAGUAGGAGAUGCAAGUUCCCAUAAUCCACUAGGCCUAACUUUGGAGCUACCCAGGGCUUCUUCUUCAAGUUCAGCAUUUGGGCAGUCAGCCACAUGUCUGAGUCCUCGGAUACUCUCCCCUCCACCUAUUGGUGUGUCAGUGAAUGUUUGGACAAAUAAUGUUGCAGCACCUCAACCAAGAAACCCUAGACAUUCUUUCUCUUCUCAUUCUCAUUCAUUUGCUUCCUCACUAGGCUUGCAAACACAGGAGACUGCCUUUUGUCCCAAUUCCUCUUCUACUUUGGUCUCACUUCGUAGUUCCAGAGCCUCCUCACCAUCCACAUCCUGCCCCCCUGCAUCCCAAACAACCUCUCAAACCCUUCACAGGUCUUUCUCUUCAGAUAGGCCCCCUAGCCCAGCCAGGAGCAACCCGAGUGGAGUGCGCCGCUCCUGGGCGGACAGCAGCCGCAGGUCCCUUGGUUUUAGUGGUAGUGGGCGGGGGUCCUUUGACCAACAGAACUCCUGUCCAACCAGUCCAAGGAGUGGAUGGUCCUCUUACAGUAGCUCACCAUCCUGCCUUAGCCCUCAAGCUGGGCUUCAAUCCCCACUGUCACCGAGCAGGCUCUCUACAGGCAGGGGUUCCCUUGGUGGUCAGCAUUUCACCAGCGUUCCAUGGCCUGAUGUACGAGAGCUUUCACAUAAAUACAAUGGAUCUGAAAGCCUUGACACCAGUGCUACCUCCACCAUCAGCGCCUCCUCUCCUGUAUCCUCACUUACUCACACCCUCCUCUCCUCUCCUGCUCCAUCAGACAACCAGGCAGCAUGGGGUGACCCCGAGCUAGAAGAAGGUCAUUGCCGUAGCCAGCUGAUCUGUGCCUAUGUUGCUCGGCCCUCCGGUGAACAAAACAUCUCUUCUUCUCCACCUAUCUCCAACCCACACCACAACUACCAAUCCCCAGUUAAAACACAGCCACAGGUCCAAAUCAACACCACAAUAUCCUCUGUGUCUUCCAUCUCUUCCCCGUUGACCCCAAGCUCCUCCCCACUUCCCUUUGCCCAUUCACACCCUGGAAAACAAGGGAACCAGAAGACCAGUUAUGCAACUACAGUGAACCUCCAGAUUGCUGGAAGUGGCAGGAUUACUUCCUUUAGCACUGCCCAAGUUAGCCUGACCCAAACCUUGCAGGGUGGCGCUGGAGCUGGAGGACAAGGACAGGGUCAGAUGACAAGGAGAGUUAGUAUCAACGGACUUGCACACCUUCCUUCCCCUAUUCAACAGAACUGCGAUGGACUGUGAAAGAAAGAAAAUGUUCUUUUCAUGGCGUUAUGAGACAAGAAGGGUUAAAACAAAAUGUGAGGGUAAGAAAAAAGGCAUUACUUGGGAUGCACUUGUGUUUACACCCUGUACAACCACGACACAACCUAAGCUUCUGAAGUUGCUGUGGCAAUGCUAAUUACCAGUCAGUUGGCAGGACAUUCAGAUUUUACGUUGUGAAGCCAACCAAAGCAACUCCAUGAGUCCCCCAUGUUGAAGACAAACUUUCUUAAAUGGUGAAGAAUUGGGUAUUUCAACCUGAGACUGAGUGUGCACCUAAGGGACACAAUGAAUGUGGUCAGCUGUAUUUGAUGUUGAUUUUAGGACAUUUCCCUCAUGGUGAUGGGAUACCUUUGUAGUCAGAUGUUAUGAAGACUAGGAAAUUGAAACUUGGUGGCUUCUGUAUAACUUUUUACCCAAAGGUUAAUCUUGUGACCUUUUAGGAAUGGGAUAUAAUCUUUCUUGAGGAGCAGCCCGCACAUAGGUCUAAUGAAAUUGUUUUAAGUCAAAGAGGAAUAUUCUAAAGACAAUUGCAUGAAUUUAUAGAAGUAGAAUUGAAAAGUUAAGAUUACUCUGCAGUCCUUGCAAUUCAGCCAGACUGAAGUUGUUUUUGAAAUGUACUUCCUUAGGUGCUCUGGACUCUGUUGUGGAUGUAAAGACUUAUUCAAGAGAACAGAUAGAUGUUUUCAAAGACAUUUAAGCCAGUAGUGUUUAGCAUUUAAGGAGCUAGAGGGAAUCCAUUUUUGCUAAUCUGCAAAGACAGAUGUGUUUAAGCCAUCCAGUGCUGUAUACAAUCACAGUUAAUGUAAUAUAUCUUUGUUAUAGUUUUACGUUUGUCCUAUUUCUAAUCUUCUAUUGAGCAUACACCGAUUUCUGGCUAUUUGAUGCCAAUGUUUAUGUUUGGUGUUAACUGUGGUUUUUGAUAUUCUUUUUUUUAACCAUUUUAUAAUUUUGUUUUAUUAUUUUAUUGAUUAUUUAUGAUGUUAGUCAUAUUCUCUUUGGCACUUAUUAUCCUUAAGGUAAUGUUGGUAUUUUGCACAGUGUCCUCAACUCUUGGCUGCAUGCAUCAAGUGUUUGUGUGUGUGUGUGUGUGUGUGUGUGCGUCUAUGUGUUUGUUUCAAAUGACGUGUCUGGCAAGUUUUUAUUUAACUUCGGACCAAGCCAAUAUCUACGUGGUUUUAGUGCUGAAUUCAUUCCCAUAUUAAUGUAUCUAAUGUCUUGACUUUUCAAUCCUUCUGUUGUCCGUCUCCUUCACAUACCUUGGAAGUCGAGCUUUACUUGGAUGUCAAAAGUUGUAAGAGAAAGUCGACCAGCUGGAAACACAUGCAGGAUCUCUCAAUAGGAAUGAAGGUUUUACACAUAGACUGUAUAUAAGUAUUGGAUGGAGUCUCAAGCUUUAAGAGUGAAGCCCAACCUGCAUUAUUUAUAUAUUUGGUCUUUUGCAAAAUAGGUUGGAAUUUGCAAGUCUAUGACAUAAUGGCAUUAGUUCUCAGUUAAUUUAUUCUUUUAGUUAACAUUUUUCUAAUGUGUUAAUGAUCUAAAUAUCUAGUUUCAAGUCUUCUUCUGAACAUAUUGAUGUUUCCUUCCAAAUUAUUGUCCCAUUUAGCGUCAAAUAGACCAUAAAGCAGGGGAUGAUUUAGUGCCUGGCUGUAUGUGACUAACAAAUUGCUAACACGCUGACAGAAAACAUGGCACGGUCGGCUUUCAGUUGUGUGUUGUCGAUGCAAGAAACUCUAAGGAGUUCGAGACGGUUUCGAAAUGCGCAACAUGAGGCUAAAAAACCAACGGGCAACUUCCGUGUUAAAAAAUUAAAAUCAAUCGAUAUGUGCAAAACACUGCAGUCCCUCAAGUGUCCACUGGAGUCUGGCUCCAAAAGCCAAGGAAUCCCCAUAUUAAAAUACCUAUUUUCACAACAGGCUGGAACCUGUUUUCAGCCUGGGACAAGAAACAUUGGGGUCCAUAGCUCAUUUCAUUAUUGCCAAAAACUAUACAGGAAGUGGAUUUUUUUUAUGUAACUCGCCAGUUGUAAAUGUAUUGCGACAAAUAGUUAUGCAUACGUUUGCCUUAUUAGGAUUGUGACAGAGUUGACUGACAGGUGGACUCUUCGUAGCUGUUUCCCAGGAGGUUUAAAGUCUGCCUCAGCUCCACCUCUUUGUUUCUAGAUCGAUUAAAAAGUUAGUUUGAGAUACCAUUCCUAAUAUGGCCACCACCAUUGGCUUCAAAACACCUCUUCAGAAAGCGACGUCCAUGUUUUAUACAGUCUGUGUUCCAAUCUGAAGCCCAAAACUAGUGUGAGAUGUCACAGUGGCUUGAACCCAAUUCUUAGAUACAGUUUAUGGGUUUACUUUGAACUUGUUGUGCUCACACACAACUGACUAAACAGUGUAAUUAUUUAAUUAUGUUAACAAUCCAUGAUUCCCCUAAUGCAUGUAGAAAUUAAAAUUUUAAAAAACUUUAAGAGAUGUGUGGUACCUGAAGGCUGCUGGUGUCAAACCGGAGAGAUGGUGAUGUUUUUGAGAGCUUGUAAAAGGAAAAACAAUUGUGAAAUAUUCAUUUAGUAACUCAAAAAGUCAAUGAGAUGUAUGGAAAAUAAAGUUGUGUGGUGUAAAAUGA